CCGCGCUGCCUGGGAGUGGCAGCGGCGGUCCGCCGCCAAGUCCCGCCUGUUCCGCUCUCCCUGCCGCAGGCGGCGGCGGCGGCGGGUUGGCUUCCUGCGCGCUGUGCCGCUCCCCCUCCCCCCGGCAGUCGGAGCCGCAGCGGCAGCAGCCCGGAUCCCCGAGCCAUGGCUCUGUGAGAGCAGCACAUGGCGGCCACAGCAGCCAUGAGCCCCCCACUAAUCCAUACAACUCCCCCCUGAACGGCCACCGACGGCAGCCAGCGCUCCCACCCGGCUCCACCGCUCCCACCGCCCACCCGCAACUACAGCCGUCGCCGCGCCGCCCGGCCCGAGCCCAGACCCCUCCGCCGCCGCCGCCGGGCCCCCGCUCGCCUGCCCGCCGCCGCCGUCCGGUCCUCACCAUGGGAGUGCAGGGUUUCCAGGACUACAUCGAGAAGCACUGCCCCAGCGCCGUGGUGCCCGUCGAGCUACAGAAGCUGGCGCGGGGCAGUCUCGUGGGUGGGGGCCGUCAGCGGCCCCCCCAGACCCCGCUGCGCCUCCUCAUCGACGCCGACAACUGCCUGCACCGGCUCUACGGCGGCUUCUACACGGACUGGGUGAGCGGCGGGCAGUGGAACCACAUGCUAGGCUACUUGGCGGCCCUGGCCAAGGCCUGCUUCAACGGUAACAUCGAGCUCUUCGUCUUCUUCAACGGUGCCCUGGAGAAGGCCCGGCUCCACGAGUGGGUGAAGCGCCAGGGUAACGAGCGCCAGACGGCGCAGCAGAUCGUCAGCCACGUCCAGAACAAGGGCACCCCACCGCCCAAGGUCUGGUUCCUACCGCCCGUCUGCAUGGCGCACUGCAUCCGCCUGGCCCUCAUCCGCUUCCACAUUAAGGUUGCACAGAGCAUUGAGGAUCAUCAUCAAGAAGUAAUUGCUUUCUGCAGAGAGAAAGGUUUCCAUGGUUUGGUUGCAUAUGACUCCGAUUAUGCGUUGUGCAACAUCCCUUACUAUUUCAGUGCCCAUGCCCUAAAACUGAGCCGUAAUGGGAAAAGCCUCACAACAAGCCAAUACCUAAUGCAUGAAGUUGCCAAGCAACUGGACCUGAAUCCAAAUCGCUUUCCUAUUUUUGCUGCUCUUCUAGGUAAUCAUAUUCUACCUGAUGAAGAUUUGGCUUCCUUUCAUUGGAGUUUACUUGGUCCAGAACAUCCACUAGCUUCACUUAAGGUACGUGCUCACCAGUUAGUUUUACCACCCUGUGACGUAGUGAUCAAAGCUGUAGCUGACUACGUCCGUAAUAUUCAGGACACCACUGAUUUGGAUGCCAUAGCUAAAGAUGUUUUUCAACAUUCACAGUCUAGAACAGAUGACAAAGUUACUCGGUUUAAGAGAGCAGUUGCAUAUUACUCAGCAACUAAUAAACCUAUGCCAUUUCAUCCAUCACAUUACCUAGCAGCCAGACCAAAUCAGUUUGGUGUGCCUGGGAUAGUGCCACCAUAUGUUCCUUCUCAGAUGCUUAACAUUCCACAGACCUCACUACAAGCAAAACCUGUGGCCCAGCAGAUGUCCAAUCAGGGUGGGGCCCAAGGUCAGGGUCCAUACCCAUAUAGUCUCUCUGAGCCAGCCAUCACCUUGGAAACAGGUGGAAAAAGUCUUUCUGAGCAGAACAACUACAGUAACAUUCCUCACGAAGGAAAGCAUACACCAUUGUAUGAACGGUCUUCUCCGAUCAACCCAGCUCAGAGUGGCAGCCCUAACCAUGUGGAUUCAACCUAUUUUCCUGCCUCUUCUACAUCCUCCUCCUCCGACAACGAUGAAGGCAAUGGCAGUGCAGUGAACCAUGUCAGUGGGAACAAAAUAGGCUGGGAGAAAACGGGAACCCAGUCAGAAAGUCAAACGCGUGGAGAGCUCGGAGACCAAACAAAGGUAGAAGGUUCCUCUAGUGCUUCUUCAGGAAGUCAGGCAGCUGACGUCAAAGGGAAUCAAACCAGUAAUCCACAGAUCCCAUGCCUGUUGUCAAUGCCCACCAGAAACCACAUGGAUAUUACUACCCCUCCAUUACCUCCUGUAGCACCUGAAGUAUUAAGAGUGGCAGAACACAGGCACAAGAAGGGGUUAAUGUAUCCUUACAUCUUUCAUGUCCUAACCAAGGGUGAAAUCAAAAUUGCCGUUUCUAUAGAAGAUGAAGCCAACAAAGACCUGCCUCCUGCUGCUCUCCUUUAUAGGCCAGUUCGUCAGUAUGUUUACGGAGUCCUCUUUAGUUUGGCAGAAAGCAGAAAGAAAACUGAAAGGCUUGCCUUUAGAAAGAACAGACUUCCACCAGAAUUUUCACCAGUGAUCAUUAAAGAAUGGGCUGCUUACAAAGGAAAGUCUCCUCAGACCCCUGAGCUGGUGGAAGCACUCGCCUUCAGGGAAUGGACCUGUCCUAACCUGAAGAAGCUGUGGCUGGGAAAAGCAGUGGAAGACAAGAACCGAAGAAUGAGGGCGUUCUUGGCCUGUAUGAGAUCAGAUACACCAGCAAUGCUCAACCCAACUAACGUGCCCACUCAUCUUAUGGUGCUCUGCUGUGUGCUAAGGUAUAUGGUACAGUGGCCGGGGGUUCGGAUACUUCGCCGCCAGGAACUCGAUGCUUUUCUUGCCCAGGCGUUGUCUCCGAAGCUGUACGAACCUGACCAGCUUCAGGAACUCAAGAUCGAGAACCUGGACCCCCGAGGAAUCCAGCUGUCUGCACUGUUCAUGAGCGGUGUCGACAUGGCGCUCUUCGCCAACGACGCCUGCGGCCAGCCCAUCCCGUGGGAGCACUGCUGUCCCUGGAUGUAUUUCGAUGGAAAAUUGUUCCAGACCAAGCUCAUCAAAGCAAGCCGGGAGAAAGUUCCGCUCAUUGACCUCUGUGAUGGUCAGGCUGAGCAGGCAGCCAAGGUUGAAAAGAUGCGUCAGAGCAUCCUAGAAGGAUUAAAUUUCUCCAGGCAGAACCAUCCUCUCCCUUUCCCACCUCCACCUGCCAUGCCUUUCUAUCCAGCUUCUAUGUAUCCUCGACACUUUGGGCCAGUCCCACCACCUCAGGGCAGGGGGAGAGGCUUUGCUGGAGUCUAUGGCUUCGGAGGCCCUUAUGGGGAAACAGUAGCCACAGGCGCUUACCGGGCCUUCCGGGUGGCGGCAGCGGCAGGACACUCCGGAGCCUUCUCUGGCAAUGACAGCAACAGGACUAGCAAGUUUCAGGGCGGAGUCCAACCUAUUCCUUCUCAGGGAGGGAAACUUGAAAUUGCCGGCACUGUAGUCGGCCACUGGGCUGGAAGCAGACGCGGACGAGGGGGUAGAGGACCGUUUCCUCUGCAGGUUGUGUCUGUGGGAGGCCCAGCCAGAGGGCGUCCUAGAGGAGUUAUUUCCACUCCAGUGAUAAGAACUUUUGGAAGAGGCGGAAGGUACUAUGGGAGAGGUUAUAAAAGCCAGGGAGCAAUUCAGGGCAAACCUCCUUAUGCUGCUUCAGCAGAAGAAGUAGCCAAAGAACUUAAGUCAAAAUCAGAGGAAUCUAAAUCCUCAAUUGUGUCUUCAGAUGGAUCCCUGGCUGAAAAUGGAGUUGUGAAUGAGGAAAAACCAGCUUCCCAGAUGAAUGGGAACACAGGAGACAUCAGGGCUUCCAAUCAGUCUGAAAGUGCCUUGAGUAAUGACUCUAAAAUGUGCAAUACAAAUCCUCACUUAAAUGCACUAAAUGCAGACAGUGUUUGCCAUAAAGAUGAUGCUCUUGAGGCCACUGUCUUAAAAAAAGAAGAGUAAACUUAUUUUUUAUAGAGGGUGAAGGAUGUUGGGAAGGGUCAGGAUUAGGAAUAUCUGGAAAGAAAGAGAGCCUACAGUUACGUACAUUUUUUCCUUUCCGUAAGAGAAAAAUGAGGACUUUGGAAAUUCGGAUCCCUCUUGGACGUCAGAGAUUUAAAACAACACAAUUGUUUUGGUUUUUUGUUUUUGAUUUUGAUUUUUUUUUUUUAGUUUUAACCAGUUGUAGUCAAAAUGCUACAAUAAAAGAAAAAAAAAACACAAAAAAAAAAAGAGAGAGAGAGAGAGAGAGAAAGAGAAUGAAGAGCAUUUGACUCCCGCACUUAAAAUGAAGUAUACAUAAAGUUUAAACUGGUUAUGACAAAAGCUUGUAGGUUGUUUUUUGGUUUUUCUUUGGAACUAUAAAGAAAACAAAAUUUUGGCAGUCUUUAAGUAUAUAUAGCUUCAACUAUACUUCUUUUUUUUUUUUAAGUACUUGGCACCAUAUGUAUGCCAUUAUAUUUGGGUUGGUUUUUUGUUUCAUUUUGGGUUUUCCUUUAUGUUUUUUUUUCGCAUUACUGUGUCACAAUAAAGCUUUCUUUAAGGCUUUGAUUUCAUGAUCGUGGGGGGGGGGGGAGGGGAGGGGAAAGGCACAACCACAUUUUGGUUUUAGUUUUUAUUUUUUAGGGGGGGGGUUGGUUAGGGUUAUUUUUUUUUCAUUCUUUCUUUCAAUUUCCUCACCGUUGCCGUGGUUUAUUUUUGUUUUCCUUUUUUUUUUGUUUGUUUGGUUUUAGUUUUGGGGUUGGUUUUUUUUUUUGUGUUCAAAACUCUGGAAACAACCAAUUCUCCAGCAUUCUUGCAGCAGCUCUGCUGGUUUUUUCAGUGUGCAUCAUACAUGCUUUUAACAAGCGAGGUUUUUAAACGGAGAGAUAAAACCUCCAAACCACAGACGAUGCGCAAACGACCUUUCAAAACAAAACAAAAGCAAAUAAUAAGAAAUACAAACACCAAUGUGUUGGGAAACUUUUUUGUGACUAAUACCAUGCAUCCGUGAUCAAUGAACUAUGUGGUUUUGGAAAUCAGACGUAGACCAUUAGUACUACUAUUUGAGCUAAACUUCUGCAUGGUUCAUGAUUUUUAAAGUGUGUAGUUAAUAUUAUGCAUGUUCUUGUCCUCUUUCUUCCAUUCUUACAAGUACUGUGCCCAUUCGCAAAACAACAAAAAGCUAAUAAUCAGUAAUAGUCCUAUAAAAGAUGUUAACUAUGUUUAGUCAUUGACUGAUCUUGCUCUAACCUUUAAAAUUUUGUGAUUAUUGACCUCUGUUGCAUUUAUUCUAAACAAAAAAAAAAAAAAAGUUUUGAGAGAAGUAAAAAAAAACACAAAAAAAAGAGUUAUCUAGCCGUUUUGAAUAUCAACGUUACCCUGGUGUACUCAUUGCUGUAUGCAUUAUUGUUCUCUGUUGCUGUUUUAUGCCUUCAUAUUAGCAAAUAUGAAAUUCUGUGGAAAAACAAAAAAAAAAUAAUAAUAAUAAUAAUAUGCUUUGAUCUUCAUUAAAAAAAAAAAAAGUUACCCCCCUUCUGUAGCAGGAAACAAAUGGCUUGUUCUUGAGAACUUUCCCAUCAAGGAUUUAGUAUAAGCAAAUAUACCUGUAUCAUUUUGAUGUUUUUGUUAGUGUUUCCAAACUUAAAUGUACUUCAAAAUCAGAAUCAUUUCUUUAUAUUCGUUUUCAUAUAAUUCUCCUGAUGCUCUUCAUCACACAUUAGUGAUCAGAAAUGAGGUGUAAUUCCCCAUUCCCUGCCCGCAAGAGCUAAGUAGGUAUCUUAAUGUAAGUUGAAGGGAGUUCUGCCCCAACUCAUGGAUUGUGCAAGAAUGAACUACUGUUGGGUUUGAUUGGUUGUAGAUGGAUUGUGGUGUGGUGUAUUUGAAGGCUAUUGAAUGCAACUUACAGUGCUUAAUAAAAAUCUUUAUUCUUUUAGUAUAAAA